AUGGCCAAAAAACAAAGACAAACACAGCACACCGAACCAAUACAUUUAGAGCAUCUGGAAGCUGCCCCUAAGGUGCGCACGUCGCACGAGAUGAAUUUUGACUCGCUCGAGGAGUUUGAGAACUACAUCAUGGGCGAGAGUUAUGACAACGAAUUCGAUAACCUGAACGUGCAUCUCAAGUACCUGCCUCCGUUCAUCGUGUCCGAGAUACAUUCCAACGAAGAGAACAUCAAGCCGCACAUGAACUCUCUGAACAAGAAAUUCAGGAGACAGCUGCAGCAUCACCUGCAGAAGCACCUGAUACCGGAAAUCAAGAAAAUGAGCGGUAUCGACUAUAACUUCAGCAAGGCUGGCGAAGGCCAGGAAUUCAACCAGUACGGCACGUCGUCGGUGUACAAGUGGCACUAUGUGGACGAUACCGACCACGGUUUCGGCGAGGACGAGUACAAGCAGCGGCAGCACUGGCGCGCGAUGCUCGACGUGGAGGCCAACUCCGAGGACCCUACGGUGCGGGUUGACUUUAAAUGUGUAAUGAAUUAA